GCGGUGCUCUUGGGCCCCCACUUGCCUGGCGGCGAGAAGAAGCCGCUGAAGGAGUACAUCAAGUGGGUGCGCCAGGAUGCGGGCCGGGCGCAGACCGUGCGGCUCAAGGUGGAUGCGUACGUCCAGAGCCAGGCGGGGAAGGACCCAGAGAAGCGCCGCCGCAUGUCCAGGCAGGCCGCGGGAGACAUCCAGCAGGCUCGCCAGGUAUCUUCCGUCAAGGUCUCCGGGCGUCGCCUGUCUGCGAACUGGCAUCAAGCCUGCCCCGUGAGCAAGUGGCACGAGGCUUUCCCUGAGACGCCGCUGUCCACGGACCCGAAUUGUCGCGGCGAGGAGCUCAUCGACGGCGCCUGGCAGGAGGUUGUAUAUGUCAUGAAGGACGGCGCGAAGAAGUUCUUGUACGACAUCGCGGACUACGACGAUCGCAAGGUGGAGGACAGGACGGCCGCCGUGGCCCCAAUUGCAGCCCUGCGGCGCGCCACGCAGUGCGCGGAUAUCGGUGCAGCAGAGAGCGCGCCGUCGGAGGGGCACCAGUCCGACUCUCCCGCGAGCGACGAGGACGCCGAAGAGACGGAUCUCGUGGCCGCGGCGCUGUCGGGCCUGUGGGGCACGGCCCGCGCCGCCAAGCCCGCGCCCAAGGCUGCGACCAAGCCGCAGGCCAGACCACCAGCCCAGACGACCGGGGGGGCUACGUCCGGGCGCCCCGCCCAGACAGCCGAGAGGCCUGCCGCCAAAGGGGCUGCCACGCCCGCAGCCGCUGCCCCUUCGAAGUGCGCCGCGCCCUCGGCGCAGGCGCCGCCGAAGAGGUCAGCCGCCCGCGCCCCUGCUCAGACGGCCGCGCCCUCGGCGCAGCCAGCCGACGGCAGCGGCGCCAGUCCGCCCUUGGCGACCCCGCAGCGCUCGGGCCGGAGCCAGCCAGGGAAGAAGCGUGGCAGCGGCGGUUCGUGGGCCGCGCCCCUGCUCGCCCAGCCGCCCGACGACUCCGACGAGGGCGGCGGGCAGCCGGACGAGCCAGCACCUCUCGAGGACGGCUCCGCGUCGAAGAAGAGGGGGCGGAAGGCCCUCGAAUUCAGCCUCGCAGCGGCCGGCAGGAAACUCAAGGGCGAGGCCGACGCGCUCUUCAACACGUUCCGGGAGUGUUACAAAUUGCUCGACUUCAGCGGAGAUGUGGCGGCAGCCGCAGAGAGCGCCAUCCACACGGCCAAGAAGGCAGCGGCCAAGAUGGGGAAGAUCCCGGAUGACGGCGCGCAGGCGCUGCAGAUCAACAAGGCGUGGCUGGCGCGCCCAGAGGAGGCGCUGGCCGCGGCAGUGCGGGUCGUCAAGGCUGCUGUGAGCGAGAAGCCAGGGAACACCGAGACUCUCCUGAAAGACACCGAGAUCGCCGCGGCGGAGGACAUCGCGUUCGGCGUGGCGCACCACAUGCGGUUCAGGAGCUGGAAGGCAGACGAGGCCAUCAAGCGCUGCGAUUGGUUACAGCUGAUGUCCCUGUUGGAAAGCGGCGCUGCAGAUGGCGCGCCCUCGGCAGAUCUCGCGACGACGACCCUCGAGCGAGUCGGCGCGGGCCUGAUUUCGGCCGUCGCGAAGUCGGACGCCAAGAAGGGAGGCGGAUCGUUUGCUGCCGCGGUUGCCUUCGCUGGCGCCGCGCGGGAUGCUCUCCAGCGGGCCCCCGCCGACCCUGCGCGGCCAGUGUGGGAGGAGGAGCUGAAGGGUCAAAUCCAAGGUCUCUGGGCAGUGUCGCGCGCGAGCACUGCCCCGCUGACUGAGGUGGGGGAGGCGCUGGAGGCGCUCCCGCAGCUGGAGGGGGCCUUGGGCGUCGCUUUGAACACGAGCCCGGGCGGCAAAGUCCUCGUUGGUUGGGCGGAGUCGGCCAUGAAGAAGCGGUCCCACGAGGAGGCUGCUCUCCAGUGCGCCCAGGCAGCCCGGGAGCUCUCCGCGCAGGUGUCGCGCGCCUGCAAGAAGCAGAAGGAGGCCGCGUCCAAGGCGGGCGCGCUGCAGGAGGCCGACCGGCACCAACUCGCCAGGGAAGGCACGGCGUUCGAGGACGUGGUCUUCGGGUUGCUCUUGCGCUCGCCCCGCGAGGAGGAGCUCCUGACUGCCGCGUGCGUCGAGCGGCUGGAGUUGGAGCACGGCUGGUCGACCGUCGAGGAGUGGGCGCCUGAUGGCAUCAAGGGCCCCCACGAGACCGCCUUCGGGGCAUUGAAGAAGAUCGCCGACAUCGCCGCGCACAGCCGUCUCGACGUACCUGGGAUGAAGCAGCCAGUGAAGACAGCCAAUCGGUUGUGCGACCUCUUGAAGGAGAGCCCCGAGGCGUUGUUGAAGGUCUCUGGCGUGACAGUGUCUGCGGAAGACAACGUAGAGGGGCUGCAGUCGCUGUUCUCCCUCGCGCUGGGCACGGCCUUCUUGAAUAUCUCCAAGCUGCUGAGCGCGGAGCCGCCCGAGGACACCUGGAAGGAAGCGGACAUGUGGCUGUGCAGCGUCGCGGCCGUCGCCGACGCCAAGGAGCUUGCCGAGCAGGCCGGGGGCGAGCUGAACCUGGAGCUGUGGGAGAACGCGAGCGACGCCGUGCGCCAGCUCGGGGACAUCGGGGACAUGGUGCAGCCGGAGCGCGCCUUCCAGACGGUCAUCGCGAAGACUUUCGACGCUUCUCUGGAAGAUGUGGAGGCAGCAGUGGGGGCCAGCAAGGAGCUGCACGCGCAGGCCGUGCCAUGGCUGGAGAAAGUCGCGCAGGAGCGGGCUGAACGCUCCGUCAAGCGGUUCGACGCCGAGCCAGCCGUGCGCGCCGCGAAGGAGCUUCUUGAGAGGGGCCCCAUCCCCGAGACGCUGCAGGAAGCGGCCGAGUUCUUAAAGGUUGUCGGUGGCACCGUGGACAUGCCGGAGACCUUCGGCGGCAAGGGUGGGAAGAUGGUUGAUGCUGUCAACAAGGCGAAAGGCCAGUCGAGGAUUCUGACCCAGCAGAAGCAGAAGGUCCGCGAUGCCAUGAAGAACCUCAUCAGCGUCGCAGAGGAGCCUGACAAGACGAAGGAGGAGUUUCCCGCGCUCGAGGGCCGCCUGAUCCCCGAGAUCCUUCUGAACGCGGGGAAGGCGAUCCUCGCCGGCCGCGCAGUGAGCGGGGAGAGCGAGGCGGAGGGCGCCAGCGGUGCAGCAGACAGCGCGCCUGGGAGCGGGGCCGGCGGCACUGACCAGAAAGGGUGCGCCCGGGCUGCGCCCGGGGCCGCCAAGAGGGCCAGGGUGGGCGACGCGGCGUCGUUUCCAAAGGCGACGCCGCAUUCCCCAGCGGUUCUGGCGGCGAAGAGUGCCAGCAUUGGCGGCGCCCCUGCGUGCAAGUCCGCGCGCAAGGCCGCGUAG